CUGCGCACGCAAGUACCUCCGGUUAUACCUCUACGGGAGUAGGAAACAGCGCUCCACGAACUUCCGUAGGGUAGGGCGGCAGAGAAAUAGCUGGUGGGAGUCAUACUAAAGAGAGUGGGAAGGACACCAAAGGAGAGAGGGGAAUGUGAAAACGAGGGGAAGGCACCGUGUUGGAAAAACGGGAGGGUGAAUGUGAAUGUGUAGGUGAGACAGUGAAUCAGGGAAGGAGAUGCGUGACGUGGUGCCUUUAAUGAGAGAAAGAGAAAAGAAAAGAGAGAUAAAGCGAGACAGAUAGAAAGAGAGAGAAAGAGCGAGAGAAGGAGAGAAAUAAUUGCGAGGUAGAAAGAGAAAGCAAGGAAUAUCAGCAAGGCUAUUUCAAGGAAAAGAGAUAAACGAAAAAGUAGGGGUGCGUCAAGGUAAAAGAGAGAGAUGGUAGUACAAUGUGAGAAGGAAAAAAAUAUAUGCAAGAUAGAAAGAAACGGAGAGAUCUUUUUGCAACAGACGAGGGAUAAGUUAGAGACAGUCCGAAUUCUGAGUGAAAUGGGUGAUGGGCGAAGAGAGGUGGAAACCACUUGAGAAGGAGAGGGACGCGCAGGGAUGAAACCAAGAGGGUGCAACUGGUGAAAGUGGAAGGAGAGCAACGCAAGCGACUAGAGGGAAGAGAAAGAAAGAGAGAGAAAGACAGGGUGAGAGAGGCACGCGACGGCGUCUCACCUGUUUGCCAACCCGCCAGUCUGGUUUACGCGCCCGGUCAUCCGUCGGCGCUACAAGUGGCUGUUUCACUUCGACUCUCGAACAAGCGCGGGAUCGUUCAUUUGUGGCUCUUUAUUGCCAUAAAUAUCCGUAGAUUGCGAAAGUACGUGUGAUAAAGUUCUAAAGACGAUACGAUACGUGAUACAUUUUGUUUCGAAAGAUUCGUCUCGCUACUCCUGCUCAUCAUCGUCGUUAUCAACGUCAGCGCGAUGAUGAUUACCUCGCGUCAAUGAUGCAAAUAGGAAAACUGAGAAUGUACGAUAUCUUAAGUGCUUGACAAGUAUGGUGACUUUUGCGAAGAGCAGAAAUUUUUCAGAAAAAUCACAGAGAGAAUCCGAAAAGAAAUCGCAAAUGGCUGUAGCUAAGAAUCAAUAUUGCGACGCAAAAAAGUAUCGUGGUUGGGGGAUUUUUGUUCAGGACAAAUCAACCGGUAAAUGGUAUCUAAUCGGUCAUCUGCGAGGUCGAUGCCUGUAAAUCUCGCUUUACUAUUUCGGUAUUUUGGUUCUCAAGAACGAAUUAUGACUGAAUUCGAAUAAUAGAGGGCGAUGACAUUCAUAAUUGCCUGAACGACGUCAGCAUCCUACGGAGAAAACUACAAGAUAAACAUCAUACAUAGAAAAACAUACGAUAAAAAUGAGUUUUUUCAACUCUCUACAGGAGAUUGUAACGAAUAGUGUGGCCAGCCUUAGUCUGAGCCCGAAAAGAUUCUCGUUCAGUCGAGAGGACUCGAAAGGCGAUUCCAGUGGGACUGGAAGAAGCAGCUCUACCGGAAGCGUCACUUCGACGACUAACACUAGUACCACUGCUGCCCAACAAGCCACGCCGCAUGGUUUUCCUAAGGUUGUACCACCGCCAGGAACUGUCACGUCGCAUACGCGUUCUCUCUCAACACGUAGACGCACUCUCGAGUGCACUUCCUCUCCAGGAUUGACGGUACACCCUGCGACAGGAAGUGGCGCCACAUCACCGAGGCGAGUCGGGUCUUUUCGUCGAAGUGGCGGAUCCAGCGAUCGACCGCCUCUUAUGUUCUGCCGUCGUAGACCAUCCUGGCCGGAGGUCGACAUACAGGCUACUUCCGGUGUCCAAGAAACAGAUGGAUCCUUCUUUGAAAGCUUUACUGCGUUGUCCUGGAAGCAGGAGAAUCGGAGACUCGUUGUUCUUCAGGAAGUGGAAGCAAGAGCAAAAGAACCGCCACCGCCAUCCAGAGAUUCGAUCUCGACUUCGCAUCCGUAUCGGCUUAGCAAAAAAGAGAUAGAGCAAUUGUAUAUAGAAGUCCUUUACACGAUUGCGAAUACAGUAGGCGCCAGUACAGGGCAAUAUGCACAUUAUAAGGAGGAUUUAUAUCGAUACGCUCAGGAAGCUUUCGGAGUUCCCUCUGAUCAGCAUCGGCGAUAUCUUAAUAUUGCCUCAGAAGAAAAGCCACCUAUCGUUGUGCUAAGCGUGGUAGUAAUCGAAGCCGAUGGACUUGAAGCAAAGGACGUCAAUGGAUUUAGCGAUCCUUACUGUAUGCUGGGAAUACAGCCUGGCAACGCAGGUGCGCCAUUGAGCCCUCAAACGAAUUUAACGGCGCAUUCGCCGCACACACCCCCGGCAUCCCCAAGGCAAGCAACUCGCGCUCUAUCCGACGGUGGUGACAACGAGAACUCACAUCAUGAGAAGCUUCGUAAACAUCAUAGUUUCAGGCUUUCGUUUAAGCGCAAGGAACACAGCAGGCGGGAACACCGUGAAUCCUUAAGCGGUGCUCUACCCGCGAAGUUUAUACGAGCUACCUCGGUGAAGCCGCAUACGCUAAGCCCGCGAUGGAACGAGAAAUUUCGUUUCGAUAUCGACGACAUCAACACGGAUAUUCUCCAUCUGGACAUAUGGGACCACGACGACGAGUCCUCGGUGUUCGAUGCUGUAAUCAAACUCAACGAGGUGCGAGGCGUAAAAGGGCUCGGCCGAUUUUUCAAGCAAAUCGCGCAGAGCGCUAGAUCUGGAAGUCAAGAUGACUUCCUAGGUUGUGUAAAUAUCCCUCUAGUGGAUAUUCCGAGCACUGGAGUGGAUCAAUGGUAUAAGUUGGAGGCGCGGACACAAAGGAGUAAUAUACAAGGUAGAAUCAGACUGAAAUUAUGGCUGUCAACGAGGGAGGAUCGCGGGUCUGAGGAAGAUAAUUGGGGUGAAUUGAGACAACAGGAAAGACUAUAUACAGUUUUUCUUAAUCAUGAAAUGAAUAAACAAGGGGAAGAGUUCACUGGAGAACUACCGCAAACCGCGCUGACAAUUUUACAUCAACAUGCAGUGCAAGGUGAUGUUACUGAAUUGCAGCAAGCUUUAAUAAGAUGGGUGGCGAGUUCCCGACAGCAUGCCGUCGAUCCACGAACGCUUCAUCGUCUUCUGCAGGAACUUGACAAUCGAUGGCAUACUGAAACUCUUUCGCGCGACGCAGAACAGUGCCUGGCAGAUUCCUUUAAUGAUUUCUUGGAGGUAUCUUUAAAAAAGGUCAGACAGCAUCGUGUACUUUACCCUCCUCUGCAUAGACCGACUAUAUCGAAAUUGGAUUAUCUACUCAGAUGUUUGGGACUUCUCUCGAAUAUGAAGGCUUUUCGAACUUGUUGUCCUUUUAACAAGGAAAUCCGAGGAGAGAUUAUUACUGCUCUUAGAAAAGGAACUCUCGAAUGGUACGAGGAUACCAGACAACAAACUAUGUGCCACGAUCAAGAACCCGAUCAGGAUAUCGAUCGAGUCUUGCAAGACUUUACGAAUUUAGUAACUACAUUAUUGGUCGACCUGGAACAGGGACUUUUAUAUUAUAACAGUCUCUUUGAAAGUACGAAUGGUGUGCCAUAUUUCUCAGCAGUUUACAAGCAACUGGAAAAACUGCUGGCGGAACACGUGGCGAAACACAUGGAGAACACUUCCGAGAUGCAUAAUGAGCUUGGUGCAAGAGUCACUACUGCCUGUCUACAGCUACACAGUCAAAAUAGAGAUGAGGAAUAUGUUCUGCCACCCGGCGCUGAGAUAGGAACGCCAAUAUUCGAACUUUAUUUAGCACUUCAAGAUUUUGUAAACAUGAAGGAGAAUUUACCACAAUCAGACCAUAAAACUUUGGCGAUCUGCAAGUAUUACGAAUGGUUCAGACCGGCUGUCGACAAAUGGCUGGAUUUGGCGAAGCUCAAAGCAGUUCAAAGAGUACGAAGAGCCGCAGAACUCGAUCGGAUCUGCACUGGGGAAUAUUUCGUCAAACAUUGCACAUCGGCAAUCGAUGCCGUUGCAUGUUUUUAUCAGAUUAAAGAAUUCUGGAAGAAAUUAGCGUGGCCAGAUCUACCUGGAUCUUAUAAUUUCGUGCUAAAAGUUGUCGAUGCAAUUUGCAGUUCUGCGGCUUAUUAUGCAGAGAUAACACAUCAGAAGCUGGCAGAUAGUGGAUAUUAUGAGGAACAUACACCGUAUAAGACCACAGAUGAGGUAAUCGCUCAGAUGUGUGUGGCUAUCAAUGGACUUGAAUACGUGAGAAGAUGGUUGUUAACUUUGGGUGAAGAACUUCGCGUAGAACAAAUUUUGACGGCUUUGGAGAAUCAAGCAGGUGAAUCCAUUCGGAUACAAUGGCGGAAUGCCUUAAUAACACCACUUGAACAAACCCCUGAACAAAUGUUGCUUUUCAUCAAUCAAAUAGUUUCGAGAAUCGGAGCAAAGAUGAGACCACCUUUAAAGAAGGCGAUGUUUCACUUAGCUUGGUCUCCCGAUAGUCUACCGACUACGGAAGCGAUAGCACCUCUCGUCGAAUAUCUAGAUGUUCAUUUGGUAGCACUCAAUUCAGCUCUACUUGCCGCAAAUUUUAACCGUAUUCUGCAGGAUAUUUGGGAAGUAGUCCUUAGCGAAUUGAGCAGUCAAAUGGAUGGAAAUGCCGAAGAUAAACCAGUGAUGUUUUACGAAAGAUUGCAUAAAGCACUUGAUUUAUUAAUUAAAUUUUUUAAUGCUGACGACAAGGGUUUACCUUUAGAAGUAUUACGUCGUCAAAGUUUUAUGAAUGCAGAGGAGCGCCUUCAAUAUCACAAAAUGGAUACAACUUUCUUAAUCGAUCGAUUUUAUUACCAACGCCUUCAGGACCAAUACAACACAACUACCUGUGAAUAUGGAGUUUUAACGGUGCGAGCUUAUUUGAAUCACGAUUCUCUUUGCGUUGAAGUAAUAAAUGCUAGAGAUGUCAUACCGUUAGAUCCAAAUGGAUUCAGCGAUCCUUUCGUUAUAAUCGAAUUAUUGCCACGACGAAUGUUCGAGCAUUGCGCCGAGCAGCAGACUAAUGUCAAAAAGAGGACCCUAAAUCCCAUGUUUGAUGAGUGUUUUGAAUUUUCGGUAAAUGUGGAGCAGUGUCGUGACCUUAACGCCAUGAUUCUUUUUACGGUGAUGGAUCACGAUGUUCUUACGGCAAAUGAUUUCGCGGGUGAAGCUUUCCUGGGGCUUAGUACCAUUCCUGGCGUGGCCGACACGAACACUAAUAUAGAAAAUUUCCACGGCCUCAAGCAUCAGGAAUUACCACUUAUGCAUCAGAAAAAUCGAAAUCAUCCGAUUCUUCAAAUUCUGGAAACUCGAAUCGGUGACAAAAUGGCUCUCGAUUUUGUAAAGAAGCAAAAACAACGAUUCGCCGCGUAAGCACAUUACGUGCCGAAGAAAGAGAAAAAAAAAUUUGCGGUAUUGCAAUCGUCAUCAAGACUUAUAAAAAAAAUUAAGAGUCAAUGAGAAGAUUGAAGAGAAAAAAAAAAGAACUAAAUCCAUCCCUGGUAUAUCGUUGAUUCUCACUCUCUCUCAAGCACUCUAUCUUUCUCUGCCUAUCUUUUUACCAGCCUUUAUCCUAAAGAUCCGUCAGAUCUAUUUCAGUGUAAAUUGUGAAUAUAAUCUGUGUUGAUUCAAGAGAAAAAAAAGAAAAAAAGGAAAGGCGCGGAAAAGAAGACCAAGAGAAAUAUAUCAGAACUAUUUUUGUGUCAAAAGAGAAGUGUAGAGAAUAAAGCUAUGCAGCACGUGAAAAACCAUCGAUGUGACGUAGCUAAAUGUUUAAAAGCCGUCUCGUCGGGCUCGACACCGGAGCAGCCGCAAAAUUUUUUAUUUUAUAUUUUAUACAGAAAGGCCCGCGCAAAAAUAUUUAGGUACUUGCGCGUACUUAUGUAAUUUUUAGGAAAAUAAACAUACCAGUGUUCACAUCAUUCAAAUGAACGAGACUUCCGUUUGCGGAAGGGCGACUUCACUUUCGUUUGUCGAGUAUCAAUUGUGAACAGAAAUUGAAAUUUUCAUGAUAGAUAUAAAUAUAUAUUAUAUAAGAAUAUAAUAUGAUGAUUUUCUUUAAAACGAAUUAUUUUCACAAACAGUUUGUGUAUAAGAAAGAAAGUCAUCGAGACUGUUCAUGGAGAUUUCUAUUUUGAUUAUGCAAAAUUGAUUCACGACAAAGCUGGGAGGAAAAUACAAUACUAUCUUUUUAUACUCUUUUCUUAAA